GUAGCUAGGCUCUCGUCUCACGUGACCCGCGCUUAUCGAUAAGACGAGGGAUCCAAAUGUUGCCCCCGUUUGGGGUCGUCUCCCCCGCCGUCCUCCGCAACAAAUACCUGCAUAUCUUGAAGAAUUGCUCGCAUCUCAUCUACCCUGCCAAUCUCCUACCCUGGCACAAUGGAUGAACCGAAGGUCCUCCGGAAGGACCAGCUGGAGAUAAGUUUGCACAAUGAGAAAAAGCUUAUCAAGGAGGGGACAAUCAAGGACGACAACCCUCUUGACCUUAGCGAACCCUUCCGGGAGCUCUGCAAUGCUUGUCGUAAGGGGGAUUUGAAAGUUUGUCAGGAGAAAAUCACGGAAGGAGUCAAUAUCAAUGCCCGCGAUCCAUACGAUUACACCCCUUUGAUCCUGGCAAGUCUCUGUGGCCACUACGAGGUCGCUCAGCUGCUGCUCGAGUCCGGAGCUUUGUGCGAACGGGACACUUUCCAGGGAGAAAGAUGUUUGUAUAACGCCCUCAAUGAUCGGAUACGGAACCUGCUCCUGGAAUACGACUAUUCGAAGUCGACAGAUCCUCUGCAGCCUCUUGCAGCUCACAUCACGUCACUUCUUACUCGCGAAAGCCCUGCGACAGCGGAUAUUGUUGUGACAGCAGGCGAUGAGUCUCUCCAUUUACACAAGUUUAUCUUGGCCGCACGAUCUCCAUAUUUCCGCAACAAAUUGGCCACUGCCCCGGACACGUUGACAUGGAGGCUCCCUAGCACAAUGCCACCAGAAGCAUUCGGGACAGCGAUUAAAUACCUCUAUUUUGGCGAAGCCCCGCGCGACAUCCGGAGUGGCCCAGGGACCGGGUUCACCGAGUCCGAGGUCUUUUCUAACAUCGAUAAGAUUGCCAAGCAUUUGGAAAUCAAUACGCUUUUGGAUAGUAUAUUGGACAGCGGAGAUAGAAGGCUCGCUCGACAAAGACGGACGCUCGAGGUGGCCAAAGGGCGAGACCAACUGGAGGAGUGGUUCCGGGCGAAUGUACUCCAGCACAAGGUGACUGUGGAAACCUCACGAGCGGAUGAAGUCAAAUGGGACAGAGACAACAUCCUAUUUGCGGACGUCUUGCUCCGCGCAGACGAGGACCUCGAUGAUGUGGACGAGCAUAUUGGCACCAACGGUCAUUCUACCACUCCGCGCGUCCAGAAGAGCACGCUAUUCCCCUGCCACCGGGCCAUGCUCCUACGCUCUGAGUUCUUCCACACCAUGUUUACCUCCCCCUUUCGCGAGGCGCACAUGAAGGACCAUCUCAACAUUAUCCCGGUGGAUUGCUCGCCGGACGUCCUCGAGAUUGUGCUCACCUUUCUCUACACGGAGCGCGCAGACUUUCCGCUCGACAUCGCCGUCGACGUUCUGUUCGCCGCGGACAUGCUCUUCAUCGAGAAGCUGAAGACGAAGGCCGCUGUUGUAAUCAGCACCCUGGGCAGCGGCAACAUGUCGCAGGCCGAGGCCGCCCGCACGCGCGGCACUAUGGAAGAGGACGACCUCGACAUCUACGCUAUUAUCCGCGCCGCCUGGCUGACGCGCGUCCAGCGCCUCGAAGAGUUCGCCGCCCGUUACCUCGCCUACCGGCUGGAAGCUCAUAUCGACUCCCCCGAGUUCUCGGAGCUGAUUCAGGAGUCUGCUGCCCGCAUUCAAGGUCGUCAGGAGACCGACUCCAUUGAGCUGCUCGACGACAUCCGGUUCUAUCUCGGCGAGCGCUUCCGGCUCCGGUUCGACGACGCCGGCAUCGACGAGAUGAUGGAGGAAGAAGCGCGGCAGCAAUCCGUCGCACAAGCUCAGAAUACCACCACGGAGACAGAGGGUGAUGAAGAGAAUGGUAUCGUUGUAGACAAGGUUGUCGAGGGGAUGGAGGCAUUGGACCUCUCUAGCACCAGGAACGGAACUUCACACCCAACCCCAGCCAUGGAUGGAGACACAGAUCAAGAACAACAACCCGUCAUCCGUACGCUGGACGGUGAGGUCGUUGUGGACGAAUUCGAUCAGGAUGCGCUCAACUAUCAGAUUCUCAUGGACAAGCUUGAUAGAAUCUUGGAGGCUCUGGACCUUGAUGCUUGAGUUGACAAGACCGUUUUGUUUCUCGCAAUUCCUUCCGGGUAUGCGGGAUGAUGAUUGAUGACUACUAAAUUACAUAUUUACACUGGGACCUGCUACCUAUAUACAUGAACAGCUCGGGGGAAUCGCCUUUGCACAGUAAGGUAGGUCAAGUCUAUACAAGGAGAUAGAUUGGUAGAAAUCAUACAACGAUAGAAAGAAGCACUUCCUUUGGUAUUGAACCGUGACCACUACAAUCUCGAGGAUAAAUGCUACGGGACCCAGGAGCCCCAAAAACGUGAAAUCUAUACAUGCCUAGAGUGAAGGCGUAGAAAUCCGUUUACACCGUAAUCCUUCUUCACCCAACCCACUCCAUUAAGGCGUUUUGUU